UGAAGGGAUUCUUAUUUAUCAGUUUGUUCUAGAUAUUCAAAGAAGAACAUGAUUAAAAUAACAUUUUCUUUUUUGUUCAUUAUCGGAACCAUAAAUGGUCAACAAAGGGAAUCUUGGAUUGAUAUUUGUGCUGAAGGUUUCAACAAACCUUAUGAUUGCUGCCAUAAAAGUCCUCGGGACUCAGCAACCUUUGCUAUCUCAGUAGAUGAAGGUAUGGAGGACCAUGAGUACUUAAUAACUACUGCAUCAUCUGACAGUUACGCAUUUCAACGUCAAAAAUGCCUUCUGCUGGACUCUUUGGAUGACCCGAACUUUGGUUAUCAACUGGUAACUUUUGAAACUCAGAAAGAGAACAAUUGUGUUGCUAAAUAUUUGGCUUCAGAGUACCCAGCCUCCUCAUUUUUCCUUGGACUGAGGGCAGAGACGGAUGCGAUCAAUGCCUUCUACUGGGAUGAUGAGAUGAAAUAUCAAGUUGGAUAUGAUGCAGCUAAAGAGGACCCGGAUAUUCCUGCUUUCUCUAACUGGGCUCCAACAUCACCUGCUGGAUUAGAAUGCGUUAAGAUGGAAGCAGGACCUGCAAGUAAAACUAAUGGACUCUGGCAAACUGUUACGUGUGAAACUAAACUAUACUCUAUUUGUGAAAGGUAUCCACUUCCCUCUUCCAAGACUGGGCUUGAAGAAAAUCAGAACUAAGACGAUGAUAUUUUAAAAAAUCACUGCUUUAAAUUCGCAGUAUUGGUUGGUUUUACACUAGAUGCAGAUCUUGUCUUCCUCCUUUCAAUUGUUGUCAAAAUACUACAGUCGUUUUCGUCGCAUUUAUCAGUAAACUUGCAAUUUGAAAAACGCUUGGUAGGAAUCAAAGCAUUAUAAAUAAGAAGUCGUCUUCAUUGUAUUGUUAUAAACACUGACCACUUUAUCAAAUCCAAUUUUCCUUGAAAACUUUGGUCUGAAUGUCAACCAGAGCUGGGAACUUUAGAAUGGGAAAUCCUUAAUCGUAAUCGGUUAGUUAAUCUGGAGAUUAAUAACAAGAGCAAAACAAGAAUUAUUUAAUCUGGAUAUUAAGAAAAAGAGGAGAUCAAGCAUUAAUCCUGAUAUCCACAAUUAAAAGUUCUCAGCUCUGGCGACAUAAACCAUGGAUUAGACUAUUUUUGGGCUAACAUUAUUCAUAGUUUGAAAUAUCAAAGUUCUACAACAUACGGUUAAAAAAAAAUGUUGUGAUUAGAAAACUGAGAAUUCAGGUUCUAUGUUGAAUUUCCAAUGGCCCCGUACUUACACCCUUAAGCCUUUGACUGAUCAAAAAUAAAUAAGAUAUUUUACUUUUUCUCUUGGAAAAUUGAAUCUUUUCAAUUGUGGGUAUUAAAUGAUACAAAAUUGUUAAUUGGACAAACAGAUUUGAAAAUAAAAAAAGUGCAUUUAA